UGCAGUCACUGAGCGACCUCGGAAGAGAACGGACGUACAACCCGAACCGUAAAAAUGAGAGAAAUCGUCCACAUCCAGACCGGCCAGUGCGGCAACCAGAUCGGCACCAAGUUCUGGGAGAUCAUCAGCGAUGAGCAUGGCAUCCAGCCAUCAGGCGAAUACACAAGUGGUGUGGACAAGGACUUGAUGGACCUCCAGUUGGAGCGCAUCAACGUGUACUACAACGAGGGCAACCAGGGCAAAUAUGUACCCCGUGCAAUUCUUGUGGACUUGGAGCCAGGCACCAUGGACAGUGUCAGAGCUGGUCCUCACGGGCACCUCUUCAAGCCAGAUAGUUUUGUAUUUGGCCAGAGUGGUGCUGGCAACAACUGGGCCAAGGGCCAUUACACAGAGGGAGCAGAAUUAGUGGAUUCCGUUCUGGAUGUGAUUCGCAAGGAGUCUGAAAAGUGCGACUGCCUUCAAGGAUUCCAGCUAACACAUUCCCUUGGUGGCGGCACUGGGUCUGGUAUGGGAACUCUGCUGGUGUCAAAAAUCCGUGAAGAAUUCCCAGACAGGAUCAUGGUCACUUUCUCGGUUGUACCUUCCCCAAAAGUUUCAGACACUGUGGUGGAGCCAUACAAUGCUACCCUCUCCAUUCACCAACUUGUAGAGAACACUGAUGAAACUUACUGCAUUGAUAAUGAAGCCCUUUAUGACAUCUGCUUCAGAACACUCAAGCUAGCUAAUCCCACAUAUGGUGACCUGAACCAUCUUGUAUCACUGACCAUGUCUGGUGUAACAACUUGCCUGCGUUUCCCUGGCCAGCUGAAUGCUGAUCUCCGAAAGCUUGCUGUGAACAUGGUACCCUUCCCUCGUCUCCAUUUCUUCAUGCCUGGAUUUGCUCCUCUAACUGCCCGUGGUUCCCAAGGAUACCGCGCCCUUACUGUACCUGAACUGACCCAGCAAAUGUUCGAUGCCAAGAACAUGAUGGCAGCUUGUGACCCUCGUCAUGGAAGGUACUUGACUGUCGCUGCCAUCUUCCGAGGUCGCAUGUCUAUGAGGGAAGUAGAUGACCAGAUGUACAACAUCCAGAACAAGAACUCUUCAUUCUUCGUUGAAUGGAUCCCCAACAAUGUUAAGACUGCUGUCUGUGAUAUCCCACCCCGUGGUCUCAAGAUGGCUUCAACCUUCAUUGGUAACUCUACAGCUAUCCAAGAGCUUUUCAAGCGUGUUAGUGAGCAGUUCACUGCUAUGUUCAGGCGAAAGGCUUUCCUUCAUUGGUACACUGGUGAAGGUAUGGAUGAAAUGGAGUUCACUGAAGCAGAAUCAAACAUGAACGACUUGGUAUCUGAAUACCAGCAAUACCAGGAGGCUACUGCUGAUGAUGAAGCAGAGUUUGAAGAGGAAGGCGAAAUUGAGGGAGAAUACGACUAAGAAUCUCUAAUUUUCAUCUGACCCAGUGCUGAUUAUAGCUCUGGAUUGUCACUGUUAGUAUUAUUUUCCAUGUAAUAAAGGAGAAGCAGUGCAACCACAUUCAACUUACUUUAAACUACCGUGUAGUUAAUUUCUGCACCACAUUCCCUUUUGGUUUUACAGCCAUGGAUUCUUAGCUUAAGAUUUCUUUCUCAUAAAUUAAAUCUUAAUAUUUA